ACAUAACUCAAGGAUUAUGAACGGAAAAACUACAAUUCCAUCAGAAAUGCGUUAAAGACCGCCUACUCUCUAAACCAGGUUCCCAGCAUUGCGUUUAAAGACCACCAAAACUACCUUCCCCCCAGAACUUGCGUUAUAAAUUCAUCUUCAACUCGGACCAUCCUCCCAAAUAAAUGCGUUAAAAGCGUCCGAGCGUGCGCACAAGACGCGAUAGAGUCGGAUGAAUAGCAAUUUAUUGAAAGGAAAAAAAAACCUGGGUGGGGAUAGAGGAGUGGGGGUGAGAGAGACGGUGGGAAGCAGAAUUCAUUUUCUUUCCUUGGACUGUGGGAACUGAGCAGAUCGCAUCAUAACUGGGGGGUCAUUUACUAUUGUAAAGUAUAGGAGCAGCUUUUCUAAUCUAAGCCGCGGCGCUUAUGCACCUUGACAAGUCGCCUGACAGCAGCAAUGGAACCGUAGAAAGCCGUUAUAAAAAUAAAUAAAAUCAGACUAAAUACACUAACGGACAGAGAGCGACACAUCAGCGCGGAAUAAACAUGGAAAAUCUGUGACCAGGAGCAAACACGAAAAGGAUUUAACACUUCAUAAAGCCCCUUAGGCUUGAUUUUAAAACACCCGGUUUCCAUUCGAAAGGGAUUUAUCUUUUUUUCCUGAGCUUUUUGAUACACCGAUGAAGUCAAGCAUGGAUGGCAGACAGACGUGGGUCUUCUCCGGGUACCGCGGCUUGCUGAUGCUGUCAGCCUCCUUGGUUCUGCACUUGAUGGCAUUUUGCGCACAUGGGAGCUCCAUAAGGACCAAUGACACCGAGGCUCCCAACAGGUUGAACUCGUCCUCAGCUUCGCCCCCUAGUGGGCAGCAGAUGGACUUGACCCUGGGGGUCGCAGGCUCUGCCCCUCCCAUCGCCCCAUUGCACAAGCCACAAGGUAGCAGCGACCUGGGCAGUGGCAUCAGCCAGGAUUCAGCAGAGCUGGACCAAGUUCUGGAUGCAGGAGUCAACACUCUAUUCCUCCCUCCGCCGCGCCCUGGUAUUGGUACCAAGGUCAAGCUGGACUUCCAGGACAUGGACGAGCACCAGCACCAGCAGCACACGGACCCUCCCUGGCUCGCGGCCCGGCCCGGCCCAGUCGUGACUGCCACUGUGACCCCGACGACAGCAGCCACCUCUGCCAUGUUGGACCUGGAUCUCCAGCCUGCCACCACCGCAGUGACCGAGCCUCCAGGUCAGUCCCCCACGCAGCCGGACGUGGUCACCGUGGAAUUCUGGGACCUCGGCUCACAUCACCGGCACCUGGAGACUGAUUCCAUCACCGAAUCUGCAGCCAAUCAGCUACAGGCAGGCGGCACCACCUCCUGGGCCAUGUUUGACAACUACGACUACCUCACACCCAGUGACCUCCUGGAUGAGAAGAACGAAGUGCUCACAGAUACAAGCGAUAGUACCACCGUGGAAGAUCAAGACAUCAUGAUCUCCACCACCACCAGUAGUUCCUUCGACUACCAUGCCGUGAGCUCCACCGUACCCGAUGACGCAAUGAUCAGCGGGCCUCAUGAAGAUGAACAGCCGCCUCCAGCCCCAGGAUUGGUGGACUCCGUCAACGGGUCAGGCUGCGGGCCCGGGUACACGCGCCACAAUGCCACCUGCCGCUCGCUCUGCGACUUCCUUCCCAGCUACUGCUUCAACGGGGGGCAGUGUUACCUAGUGGAAGGGACGGGGGCUUUCUGCAGGUGCAGUGUACAGGACUACAUCUGGCACAAAGGCUCCCGGUGCGAGUCGGUGGUGACAGAGUUCCAGGUGAUGUGCAUGGCAGUGGGUGUGGCUGCGCUCACGGUGCUCCUCCUCUUCAUGGUCACCGUGUGCUUUGCCAAGAAGCUACACCUGCUUAAGAUGGAGAACCGCAAGCUGCGGAGGCGCAGUAAGUAUCGUCCUGCCUCGGAGCAGCACAAUGAUAAUUUCUCAUUGUCCACCAUUGCUGAGGGCUCCCACCCAAAUGUAAGGAAACUUUGUGACACGCCUCCCAACCCUCCUAAUGUCCGUGCUUUGGCUUACUAUGAUAACAUUAUCUGUCAGAAAACCAUGAACAGAUACACCUGGGAGUGUAAGACCAAAGAGGAGCCCGACGGCGAGCCAUAUGGCGUGCUGCUGCCGUCAGUACAGAGCCCUGCCCAGUGUCUCCAUGGCGACCAUAUGAAGUACAGUCACCUGGGAGACGUACACACAGAGACACAAGCGAUCCUCACCUCCACGGAUGACCCGAAUGCCCAGAACAAGCUGGAGGACCCCGUGAAGGUGCCUCCGCCUAAGGAGGACGAGUCUCUCAAUAUCCAGAACUCGCUCACCCCCAAGCACGAGAAUAACAAGGUGGUGGGUGAGGAGGAUUCGGCGGAGGUGAACUCCCUGCAGAACAAUAUGAUGUAGUGCCAGCGGUGCUGUCCCUCUAGCUCCACCCACAUCCUGCCUAUGCCCCACCUACACCCCACCCAUGCCCCACCCACACCCCAUCCAUGCCCCAC